AUGAAGACUCUCGUUUUGACAACUUUCAUCUCCGUCCUUGUCGUGCCAAACGUCUUGGCCUCCCCGUCUGUUACUAGGGACGAGUCUCCCGCGGUUGGGGCACCGUCAUCUACACCGUUGCUUGGUGGCGGGUUUGUCUCUCAGGUACAAUGUGCGGAGGACUUGAAGUGCUGUCCAGUGCCAUACCUGUCUGACUACCUGACUUGCCAGACGGAGUGUGCUGAUUUGAAGGAGGCUUAG